CUGAAGGAAGCAAUCACGCAGCGGCAUCUGCAGCGAGCAGCUCUAGGUGUCACAGAGAACAUGCCCGCGCCCGCGGUGCCAGACCUGCACGAAGAGAAGCUGCGGUCACAGCUGGAGGAGGAAAAGAGAAGGUAUAAAACCAUGUUCACGCGCCUGAAGGCCCUGAAGGUGGAGAUCGAGCACCUGCAGCUGCUCAUGGACAGAGCCAAGGUGAAGCUGCAGAAGGAGUUUGAGGCCUGGUGGGCAGCGGAGGCCAGCAGCCUGCAGGCGGACCCUCCGGCAGGGAACUCACCCCGUCACUCGCAGCCGCUCCCACCCAGGCCCAGGUCCCAGCACGAGAGGCCCCCGCUUCUCUCUAACCAGAGUGUGUAUACCAGGAAAAUCCUGCCCUCGCCUCGCCCCAUCCUGCCCAGCCCGGAGGAGACGGGCCCUCGUGCCUCCCUGGACGACAGCAUCCCUGAGAGGCGGGCCUCGUCCGUCCCCCUCACCGGAGACAGCCAGACGGAUUCCGACAUCCUGGCAUUCAUCAAGGCCAGACAGAACGUUCUGCAGAAGAAAUGUUUCCAGUGAGUGUCCAGUAAGAACGAACGACAGACGACGGCCGCCCCUCCCUCACCCUGGCUUCGGCAGUGACCUGCUGGGAGCAGCUUGGGACUUUGAUUUCAAUGGAGGAGACUGUUUCUUUAGGGCUGGUGUCCGGGAGGCUGCCGGGAGCUGGGGGCACUUUGCUGUGGGCGCUGGAGCGGCUGGCAGGCUGGGUGGGGCCAGGGAGCUGGGGCCGGACAAGGGCUGCUGCUCACUCACAGACAUGAAGUAGCACCAGGUUGUGCAAGGGCUCACAUGGGUGGGACAGGGGGAAUAAUAGUCAUUUCCAGCUAUUUUCCAGCCUACCCUCUGCCACAGGAACGCCUAGGGCAGGCCAGGCGGGAGACUGGAGCUAAGGCAGGGCAGUGGAAUGCAGGGCAUUGUGAGGGCCAGUUCCAGUCUCUCGGCCAUCACCCUGAUGCCGGGCUGACCCGUAGGCAGCAUUGGAUGAGCUGUGUCUCCAGGGAGCCACCCACCCUGUGGUCUAAGGACAUGGCAGCACCCAGAGCGCCGCGGAUGGCUCAGGAGCUCCGCAGUAUGGGCGCCCUGGGGCACUGCAGGAUUGGGGCUGAAACUCCCACUCCCACCGGGAAACAGCUGCUGGGUCCUGUCUCAGCGAGGCACCUGGUGCAGAGCCUGUGGAGGGUGGGCCAACCCUUAGGCAGCGGCGAGUGGGGGCUGCGGUCAGGGAGCACGAACGGAGAGGGAGGGGAAUGGCACCUGGAAAUGAAGCUCGCAGAAUAAACGUGCUUGUCUGCUGCUCCUGUUCUCUCCUUCCCAGGGGCUUAUUUCCCUCCUCUCAGGGCGGGCUGAAAGGGUCAUGCAGGAGAAGAGGGGUCCCUGAAUUUCAAAGCUGGGCAAGCCCCAUAGGCCCCUCUAAUCCACACCCUCAUUUACAUAAUCAGGGAACUGAAGCAAAGGGGAGGCUCUGGCUUGUUGAUA